AUGGCACGCCCCACGAUAUCCCUGAAGCCCCAGCGCGCACCGACGGAAACGUUUCGGAUGAUGCGCACGCCGCCGUGUCCGGCGCGUCAUUCGAUCGCGCGUCCAUCGAUCACGGACACGUCGCGCCCUGACGCGCUUCCCUUCCCUCGUGUGCGCAGGCUGCGGUGCCCAACUACGCCCUCGAGGCGUGGAAGUCUCAGGGGGCUGUCCUGGACGCCUACGCUGCGCUCCACGGCGUGCCGCAGGUCAAGCUGUCCCGGCUCUUGA